AUGAAAGGAAGCCAUAGGGAUGGCAUCUACAGCAACGUGGGGGGCCCCCAGGGGCCCCUCCCCUUCGGCGGUAUGAUGCAUCUACCACAGCAUCUGCAGCCGUUUCUUUCAAAUGCUGCCUCGCCCCCUCGUAUGCCUCUAAAUAUGCCUAUGAGGCUCCCCAGCGGGAGGGCCCUCUACCAGCAGCAGCAGCAGCAACAGCAGCAACAGCAGCAACAGCAGCAGCAGCAGGGAGUAGGAGGAGCUCCUACUGCGGGCUACCUCUCGGGGCAUCUUCCAGUAUGUGGCUGGGACACCAAUGGUCAGCCCAUCGUCUUAAGAAUGGCGCAUGAGGCAGCAAAGCAGCAGCAGCAGCAGCAACAGCAGCAACAGCAGCAGCAGCAGCAACAGCAGCAGCAGCAGCAGCAGCAGCAACUGCUGCAACAGGGAGUUCCUUUUCAUGCAGAUAGAGCCACGAAGCCUCUGGGGCCCCCUUCCUUGGAGACAGUUGGCUGCUGGGGGCCUCCUCUUCGGCCUUUAGGGGCACCUCUGCUGCCUCACAAGCUGCUCAGUUCUAGGGGCCCCCCAUCUGUAUGUUUGCUAACAUCUACUCAGAAGAAUCUGCAGCAGCAUCAGCAGCUGCAGCAGAUGCACCCGGGUGUUUUGCAGCAAUCUCUCUUUAGGGGCUUUGGUUCUGCUGGGGGUGUCUACGCCUGUCCCUCCUCUACGGAGGUCUUGUGGCAAGGUGGAGACAAAGUGCAGCAGCAGCAGCAGCAGCAGCUACUGCAGCAGCAGCAGCAGCAGCAGCAGGUGCUGCAGCGGCAACGACAAACGCUGCAGCAGCAUCAGUUGCUGCAGCAACAGCAAAUGCUGCGAAGGCAGCACCAGGUCAUGCAGCAGCGGCAGCUGGUGCAGCAGCAGCAGCAGCACCACAGCUGCCUUCAGCCCCAGGCUGUUACCAAUGAGUUGCAAAGGCCCUUCAAGGAGGCCUUCUCAGCUGCAACAGCAGCGGCUGCAGCAAACGCGCAACAACAACAGCAGCAGCAGCAGCAGAAGCAGCAGCAGAAGCCGUUUGGCGCCCUCCAAAAUGAAUGCUCAGACCCAAGUUGGUCUGCAAAGGGUCCCUCACGCGAAGCAGAAUUGAAUGGUGAAUUGCCCGCUGCAGCAGCAGCUGCUGCUGCUGCUGCUGCUUCUGCUGCAGUCCCUUCUGUCUCUGCUGCAGUAAAGAGACACAACCCUCCAAAUCUGUGGCAAGCACAGGAGACAGCUGCUCUCUUCAUAUCAAAUGCCUGCAUAGGUCAGCCGCCUUCUUGUCGUUCUUCUCAAGGGGGCCCCCGUGGGGGCCCCCAGGGGGUUUCCUUAGGGCCCCCAGAUGCCUCAGGGGUCCCACUGGGGAACCCCUUGGGGGCCCCUCUGGGGACCCCAUUGGGAGCCCCUCGGGGGGCCCCUCUGGGGGCCCCAUUGGGGGCCCCUGGUAUUGGGUGGAGCCGCGCGUCUACUGGCUCAACUCUGUUAAGGGGACGAGAGACAGCACAAAGAGCUAGGGAAGCAAAUGCAGCAGAAGGAGACAGGGGGUAUCGGUGUUUGUCUGUAGCGGCAAGAGGAGAGAAAGAUGAAGAGAAGAGACAGAGAUGUUCCUUAAAGGGGCCCCUCAAAGGACAGGAAGCCCCCAGUUGGAGCCCCAAUAGCAGAGAUAUAUCUUUUGUCUCUACAGCAGCUUUCUCUGCGCGCGAUAGCAGCGACAGAGAAGAGACAGCUGCAAAGGAGGGACUGAAAAAACAGCUCUCAUCUGCUGCUACUGGUACUGCUGCUGAUGCAGAGCUGCUUGAAGAGGGUGCCGCGAAGGAGGCGGAGACACAGGCGGAGACAGAGACUGAGACAGAGAGAGGGGAGAAAGAAGGGAAGCAUAAGACAGAAGACAGCAGCGAAGAGACACUUGAGUUUAACUCUGUAGGGGAGGCAGAUGCAGAACAAAUGCAGCAAGAGACGCAAACAGAGACAGAAGAGAGAUACAUCAAGGUGCUGGUCCCCAGGUAUAUAGAAUGGAGAGAGCAGCAGCAACAGCAGCAGCAGCAGCUAGCCGAACUCGCUAGUGUUGCUACAGAUCCAGAGCUGCAGCAGCAGCAGGGCGAGCAGCAGGAAGACGAAGAGGAGACAUGUCCAGAUGAAGAUGAGACAGAAGGAGACUGCUUGUGGGCGGAAGACUUUGUAAUAAAUACCUCAGCAGAAGGCUUACUUCGUGAAGUUGUUGUUAAUACAAAACAAUGCAGAGCAGAGAGGCCCCUAAUAAACACUUGCGUAGAAAGACUCGGCUGGAUCCGCGACGAUCAAACCACAAACAAAGGAAACAUCAUAUGGCUGGGUGGUUCGGUGCCGGACUACGACCAUCUGCUGUUUGUUCGAAGUGCACAAAUAGUAAACCGAUUUCCGGGUAUGUGGGAUAUGACAAAGAAACGAAUGCUUUCUAAAGUGCUGCAUCUUUAUCAAGACCUCUUCCCGCACCUCUAUGACUUCUCCCCGCCAUGCUGGUCCUUCCCUGAAGACAGAGCUCGCAUAGAGGAGAUACUGCAGAGUUCUAAGUCGGAAACAUAUAUAAUAAAACCUGAUGGAGGAGCUAUGGGUAGCGGCGUGCAGCUCGUAUCUCGCCUAAAAGAUAUAGACAGUGUAAUCUGGAGAGGAGAAGGAAGUUACAUUAUUCAAAAAUAUAUCAGCCACCCGCGCCUUCUUAAUAAACGAAAAUUCGAUCUACGAGUCUAUGCUGCAGUCUUCGCCGUUGCAGGCACCCUCAAGGUGUUCGUCUCGCGCGUGGGUAUGGCUCGGUUUUGCACGGAUGAAUAUCGUUCUCCCACACGUCGCAAUCAAAAUAAUGCAUUUAUGCAUCUAACAAAUUAUUCAAUAAAUAAAGAAAACAAAGAGCUCUUCAUCCGCUCUCCAGAUAUACACAACACCUCCAACAGCAAACGGCUCCUAUCCGAUGUCUUCAAAGACCUCAAAGCAGAAGGAGUGGAUGUAGAUAAGGUGUGGAAGAGUAUAAAAGAAAUAACAGCAAAGACAUUUGUGUGUCUCCAGCCGUGGCUUGAGCUGCGCUAUAGGCACGUCUAUCAGGGGGAGCAGCAGCAGCAGCAGCAGCAGCAAAGGUCUCGCUGCUUUCAGUUCCUAGGGCUUGAUAUUCUCUUAGACGCAGAUGACAAAUGCUGGCUGCUCGAAGAAGACGGCAUCGAUCUGCAGCUAGAGAGUGCAAUGGACAGAGCUAUUAAAGAGCCCGUGCUCAGCGAAGCCCUCGCUAUAGCUAGCAAGCUGUUGCUUCCUUCAGAGAAGAAGAAAGGAAAGAGAAAGACAGAAGAACGCACCAAUGCAGCAGCAGCAGCAGCAGCAGCAGGAGCAGCAGGAGCAGGAGCAGCAGGAGCAGGAGCAGCAGCAGGAACAGCAGCAGGAAAAGGUACUGCUAGACGGAAUACAGCAACUCAGCCUCCUUCUCUGAAUAAACCCCAAAAGACUAAGCGUCGAGGCCUACCUGCAGCUGAGCACAAAGGAAAAGACAGCCUUCAAGCACAAACCAACGCGGUGUCUGUACACCACAGCAGCAGCUCAUCGGGGCCCGAUCAGCAGCAAACUCGUACCCCCCAAAUAAAUGCUGGACCGCCUCUGCCUAUCAAAGAUCUGCCGGUUGGGGGGCCCCCAAGAGGCCCCCAGCGCCACCCCACAACUGUGUUGGGAUCGUCGGGAUCGUCUCCCAUGCGACGCUGCGCCUCCCUAGCAGAGACUCGUCGUCUCUCAAGGGAUAAACGGAGCCUCCGGAGGUCUUUAAGCACGGAGAGCAUAGCAGCAAAAACACCAGCAGCAGCAAGCGACACUGCCUCCUGCACAGCAGCAACCCCAACCCCUGGUGCUGCUGCUGCUGCUGCAAGACAGCCCCGGAAGCCGCAGCCACCGCUAGCACUGCCCAAGGCAGCCACAGCAUCUGCUACUGCAACAGCAGCAAAAGGAGCAGCACCAGGAGAGGAAACAGCAGCAGCAAAGACCCCCACAGGUUCCGGUGUGCGGGCGGUUGGUCGUCGUUUGAAGAGCGGGUCUGAGGGGACUGCAAGGCGACCAGCAGCAGCAGCAGCAGCUGCUGCUGCUGCUGCUGCUGCAGGGGAUGGCUCUGACUCAGAUGGAGGAGACCAAAGGGGCCCCCGAAGCACUGAUAAGCAGCUGAAAGACGUCGCUUUUAUUGAGAUGGAGAAGUGCUUAGAGUGCCUCAAUGUAUUAGGGUUGCGUGUGCAACGUACUUCUUAUCUGUCUCCUCAGCAGCUGCUGCAGCACAACAGCAGCAGCGGCAGCAGAGGUGCUGCAGCAGAGCAGCGAGAUAAAAUGCAUGCAGCUGCAAACACCUAUGAACAACAAAGAAGUGCUUCUAGACAAAAACGUCAGGGGCCUUUCAGACCCUUCUUAAGGAAAGACAAACAAAUCCCUAAAAAGGGUGCAGCUCUUGUAAAGACAACUUAUACAAAAUUGCAUAGGGAUAUACUAAAGCCCUUCCCUGCAGAAGAGCUGCAGCCUCAAGGUUGUUGGCUAGACCUGCAGCAAGAGACAGCAGCAUUUGCUGCGGAGACUGAGUUAUUUCGUAGAGUGCAAUUUUUAUUUGAAAGAUUAGUCGGGUUCCCUCAGAAGAUUUGGUUAGAAAGAAAUAGAUGGGCGGAGGUCUGCGAGCAAAUCAAAGUCUUAGACCUACUACGCAAAGUGUAUGUCUCCGCUGCACAGUCUCCAUCUCGGCUGUCGCGUGGGGGGACCCCACAACCUCCUUUUACUUCCUUUCGUCCGCCUCCCCCCCCUUUAGCAGCAGGAUCAGCAGCAGCAGCAGCAGCAGCAGCAGGGCCUCGCAAGGCAGCACGGUCUGUCUCUGUCUCCCGCAGCGCCAGCGCCUCCUCGCUGCUGCUGCUGCAGGAGACACCUGAGGGGGCAGCAGCAAGACUGGGGGUGGCUCGGGGGCCCCCUGGAAGCCGUCGUGCUGCUGUUUGUCCUGGUAAGCAUAACAGCAGCAGCAGCAGCAGUAGCAGCAGCAGUUUCUGCUCGUUGGGGGGCCUCAAUCGGAAGAGACGCAUGACUUUAGCAGACUUAGACUAUCUCUUUCUGCAGCAGCUGCAGCAAAUGAGGAGACAGACACAGCUUCAAGACAGCCGCAGGGGUUUAGGGCUGCUGGAGUUCGCCCAGCUGCUGAAGGUGCUGUCGCUGCUGCUGUUUCCGUUCCUGCCUCCCAAGGCAUCUCUGCUUGCUGCGCUGCUCUCGGAAGCAAAUGUAGUAGAGCAGCAGCAGCAGCAGCAGCAACAGCAGCCGCAGCAGCAACAGGUUGUCUCGCAAGUCGUGGGGGCGCUGCAGCAGGAGCAGCAAAACGUCUCCCCGCUGCAGCGCCAGCCCUCUAAACGUGCCUCAGGCGGCAGCUGCCAAGAAGCAAACCAUAAGAAGACAGCAGCAGCAGCAGCAGCAGAAGCAGCAGCAGAAAAAAAUGAGAGAAGUGCUGAUGCUGCGCGCGAAGAGGGGCCCCGCAACGGCAGCAGCUCAGCCGAGCAGCUGGCGUCUCCUGUUGCUUCCGAAGGGACAGCUGCUACGUCUCAGCAGCAGCAAACGCAGCAGCAGCAGCAGCAGCAGCAGCAGCAGCAAAGCAGCCCCAAGCCAUCCCUCCCAGGGACCUCUGCCCGGCCCCUAACACCAGCAGAGGAGACAGCUGCUGUUCUAUCGAGGAAAAUAGCAGAAGAAGCAUCUCAGCUAGAAGUGCUGCAGGAGAAUCAGAGACAUCUGGAGAGACACCUGCAGCAGCUUACGGAGCUGCGGCAGCAGCAAGCCUCGCGGCAAGCAGCUCUGCUGCAGCAGCGAGAUGCAGCAGCAGCAGCAGCAGCAGCAGCAGAGGGGGAGCCUCAGACAGUUCUCAGCAUCGCCCGCGCAGACGAAAUCUUUAGCCAGCCAUGCCAAGGGCCUGACGGUGCCUCGAAAUCAACAACAGCAACUGCUGCUGCUGCUGCUGCAGCUGCUGCUGCAGCGAGUGCAGCACUACGUGCCCUCCGUGAAGAAAUCAAUGCAUGCGAUGCUCGCACUCAAAGUGCAGCAGAAGAAUUAACAAAAACUCUUCAACUCCGAGAUGCACUCGCCAGCACCCACCGUCAACAUACAGAAGAACUGUCUCGCGUCCGCAUGCAGCAAAAGCAGCAGCAGCAGCAGCAGCAGCUGCUGCAGCAGCAACAACUGCAAAAGCAGAAAAUGCAGCAGCAGCAGCAAAAGCAUCAGCAGCAGCAGCAGCAAACUGAACAGAAGGCUCCUGAGGAGUUGCGGCAGACACCCCAAAAGGCACAGCGCACCAAGGAGCAGGAGAACGGCUCUGCAGCCCCAGCUGCUGCUUCUGCAGCAGCAGCUGCUGCUGCUGCUGCUCCAGAAGGAGCCCUGAAUAGCGCUGCGCGCGCUGGUGCUUGUGCGCAAUCUGGUGGAGACGAUCCCCGGGAGCGGGAGGAGACGAUCCCGACAUUGAAUUCUUGUGUAAAAGAUAUACACUCCAAAGACUGGGAAGAUGUACCUAAAGAAACUCUUAAAGACAGCCUACAGCUCCUCGUAGACUUCAUCGAAAUCAGACUUGAUCUCUAUCACUCAAGCAAUCAGUGCGUAGCACGAUAA